AUGAUCUCCCUCCUGUCCACCGUCUUAGCCCUAGGCUUCCUAAGCUCAGCCAACGCCGCGUCGUCCUCCGGCUGCGGCAAGCAGCCCACUCUCACCAAUGGUGUGCACAAUAUCAACGACCGCGAGUACAUUCUCAAAAUACCCGACAACUACGACUCAAAUAACCCAUACCACCUCAUCUUCGGCCUUCACUGGCUGAGUGGAAACAUGAACAACGUCGCCAACGGCGACAGCAUCCAACCCUGGUACGGUCUCGAAAGUCGCGCCCAGGGUAGUGCGAUCCUGGUAGCUCCCAACGGCAGAAACGCCGGCUGGGCCAACGUCAACGGCGAGGAUGUUGCGUUCAUUGACGCUAUCAUCGAGCAGGUUGAGAAUGACCUCUGUGUAGACCAGAGCUCGCGCUUCGCAACGGGUUUCAGUUAUGGUGGUGGGAUGAGCUAUGCGCUCGCUUGUGCGCGAGGCAAGGAGUUCAGGGCUGUGAGUGUGUUGAGUGGUGGUCUGAUCAGUGGUUGUGAUGGUGGUUAUGAUCCUGUUGCGUAUCUUGGUAUUCAUGGGAUCAAUGAUCCGGUGCUACCUUUCGACGGGGGCGUGAAUUUGUUGAACAAGUUUGUUGAGAAUAAUCACUGCCAGCCGGCAGAUGUUGGCCGGCCUGCAUCUUCGAGUGGUGGUUCUGUGAGGACGGACUUCGAGGGCUGCUCGAAGCCAGUGUCGUUCAUUGCGUAUGAUGGCGGACAUGAUGGUGCGCCCUUGGGGGUUGAUAGUUCUCUCGCUCCGGAUGCGACCUGGGAAUUUUUCAUGAAUGCUUGA